AUGACCUCGCUUUCAAACGUUCGAAGCGUUCGUAUUGGUGUUGAUGUGGGAGGCACCAACACCGAUGCUGUUGCAAUUGAUACAUCGAAACAACAAACAGACACGCGAGGUCUACUCGCUCACUUCAAGACACCGACAACACCAGAUGUCACGAAGGGCAUCGAGACUGCCAUACGUACGGUACUCGAGACUUCACGGCUGUCUACUUCAGACGUCGUGAGUGUGACUGUGGGUACCACACACUUUAUCAACGCAGCAAUCGAACACGAUGCACGUCGUUUGAACAAGGUUGCCAUCAUUCGUCUCUCCAAAAGCUUUCUUCGUGAGGUACCACCUUUCUCAGACUUUCCACCAGGACUUGCAGAGAUCAUCAACGGUUAUGUUGGCUAUGUUGAUGGCGGUCUUCAUAUUGACGGUUCUGAGGAGUCGCCAAUCGUGGAGUCUCAAGUUAUUGCCAGAUGUGCCGAGAUCAAAGCUCUCGGUCUUUCCUCAGUCGUCAUCGCUGGAGUGUUUUCGCCUAUCGAUGAGAUUUUCCAGCAAGAAGAACAGGUCCGAAAGAUCGUUUUCAGAGAACUUCCAGGAGUUGAGGUCGUCUGCUCUCACCAGGUCGCCAACAUCGGCUUUCUCGAGCGAGAGAACGCUAGCAUCUUGAACGCAGCAAUUCUUGACUACGCAAAACGAACCGUCGGUGGCUUCCGUCGUGCAAUGAAGGCGUUGAAUCUGAAGUGCCGACUGUUUCUUACACAAAACGAUGGCACGCUUCUCGAUUCAGCAUCCGCUGCGAAGUUUCCCAUUCGUACCUUCGCUUCCGGCAUGACCAACUCGAUGCGUGGAGCGGCUUACCUUGCUGGACAUGACACGCGAAAAUCAUCGGCGAUCGUCGUCGAUAUUGGUGGAACAACUAGUGACGUCGGGGUCUUGUUGCCCUCUGGACUUCCUCGGCAAGCAGCAUCGUACGUGACGGUUGCUGGAGUGAGAAUGAAUUACGCCAUGCCACACCUGCACAGCAUAGGUCUUGGAGGAGGUACUAUGGUACGACGGGACUCUGAUGGCAGGACAAAUAUAGGUCCAGAUUCGGUCGGCCACUAUCUUACAAGAGACGCUCUUGUGUUCGGAGGCGAUAUCGUGACUGCAUCUGACAUUGCAGUCGCGUCGGGUCAAGCCAAGAUUGGUGACAGGGCCCUAGUGAGCCACUUGGAACCGACAGAAGUGGUUGAAGCGCAGCGCUGUAUCAGGACACUACUAGAGCGGGCCAUUGAUGUCAUCAAAACUUCGCCCGAUCCAAUGCCCGUGCUACUGGUCGGCGGUGGCGCAGUCAUUGCCCCUGCAUCUCUCGGAGGUGCCUCUGAGCUUAAGCUUCCCCCAUAUCACGAUGUCGCAAAUGCGGUUGGAGCAGCCAUAUCCAAGGUUGGCGGCGUGAUUGACACAAUCCAAGAUGUUUCCGGUCAAACGUUCGAGCAGGCUGAGCAAAAGGCCAAAGAUAUUGCAAUACAGCGAGCAAUCAAUGCCGGCGCCAUACCAGAGAGUAUCAUGAUUGCGGAAGUGGAAAGUCUUCCCGUCACGUAUGUCGCUAAUCAGUUGAGGACGAUCGUCAAGGCCGUGGGCGAGCUCGACCUCUCCGCCCAGCACCAGGACACAAUCGAUGAGGAUGAGCCAGACACUGAUCAUGAAGAAGAGGACGUGAAGAAGAGUGCUCCGAAGAGUAUCGGGGUCCAGUCGGUAGUUCCUCAGAUUUAUGUGCCAUCAGUAGUCGAGAAUGUGAUGACAGGAAAUGCGGAAUGGUUGCUCUCCGAGACGGAUAUUGACUUCAUCUCGAAAGGGUGCUACGUGUUGGGUUGUGCAGGCGGCGGCUCAACUGCAGCUUCGCGACUUCAGCUUCGCGAGAUGCUUCGUCAAGGACACAAGAUGCGCGUCGUUGACGUCUCAUGCCUUCCUGAAGAUGCCUUGAUCUACUGGGGAGGUCAUAUGGGAUCGCCGUCAGUGUCAGUAGAGCGCCUGCAGUCCCUGGAAACAGUCUGCGCUUUUCGAGAGCUCAUGGACUAUUUGCAUCACGACAAGCUGGAUGCAGUCAUGGGUCUGGAGAUCGGCGGCGCUAAUGGUAUGGAGCCUCUGCUCGUGGGAUCAUCUCGAUUUUUUGAUUGCCCGGUGAUUGAUGCUGACUUCAUGGGCCGCGCCUAUCCGACUUACUGGCAGACUACUCUGGCCGUACAUCAUCCUCGAGAGCUCGUACCAUGCGUAAUUGACUCUGGAGAUGGAAAGACAAUCAUUAUGACCAAGGCUCCGAACGAUGAGAUCGUCGAUCGAGCCUUGCGUGCCUCAUGCUCAGAGAUGGGCUCACGAGUGGGCAUGGCAGCGAAGCCCACAACAACCGAGAGGGUGCGUACAUCCGGAGUGUUGAACACCAUGUCGCUCGCUUGGCGCAUCGGACGUUGUAUCGCCCUGGCAGAAGCCACAAACACAAUGUCUACAGUGGCAGAAGCAAUUGUCAACGAGGCAGGAGGAUCCGAAAGCGCUCGCAUACUGUUCCGCGGCAAGAUUACACAAGUCGAGCGACGAGUGUAUAAGGGCCACUCUCACGGGUCAAUCACCAUCACCGGGACGGAAGAAGACGAAGAGGGGGCAGCCACCACCGCUGCCAACCGCAUGCCCGCCAUGAGAAGCGGCGGCACACUCAAGAUACCCUUCAAGAAUGAGAACAUCUUCGCCGAACACACAUCAAAGUCGGGAGAGAAGGAGUAUCUUGCGCUUGUGCCUGAUCUCAUUGCGGUUCUGGAUUCUGGGUCUGGUUGUGCUUUGGGAGUGCCGGAGUUCAAGUAUGGUUAUUAUGUCACUGUGAUUGGCAUAACAUGUUCGCCACUUUGGACUACUACACCCGAAGGUAUUAGUAUUGGUGGGCCACGCUCGUUUGGGUAUGACCUCGAGUACAAGGCUUUGGGUCAAUAUAUGAAGCCGAGAAGCGUCAUUGAAGAGUAUAGUGGAAGAUAG